GGAAGUUCUCUUGUCGAGAUUGAAUAUCGUUUUUUUUCUGUGGACUGGUUCGAUUCCUCCAAUUGGGAUGCUUGAUUUGGAACCCCACAUCAUUGCCAGCCUUCGGCAUUGUGUAUUGUGUAUUGGUAUUGAUAUUGAUUGGAGGUUGCAGCUGGUAAGAUUGAUUUUAGGUGAUUAUUGGAGGCGGGUUUUGUGAGGAGAUUGCUGCUUACGGAUUAGAGCCUCACAGAUUCGCUAAAAUUUGGCAAUGGCCACGGUUGUCACGUGUUGCUCUUGUGCAUCUACUUCCCUUGCAAGAUCUCCCCCUGUGGCGGCAGAAUUUCGUCACCAAUCGUGCCUCACAGUUCCUGGGCUCCCGCUUCGCCGGACACACAUUUGCCGGCUCUCGUGUGAUGGGCCUAAUCAAGGUUUCCCUAUCCAGAAAAGGAUUGCACCAGGAAUUCAAAGUUUGAGCUCGAGGAGAGUCUGGAGCUUGGCGUCGUCAGCCCAAGUGCAGACAACAGAUAAUGCGGAGGAGGAACUUCCGGCCAAGCUGCGUGAGAUCGUGCGCUUGUUUCAGGCGGUGGGAGAGCAACGAGCGCGCUACCAGCAACUGCUGUAUUAUGGCCAGAAACUGAAGCCCCUUGCGAAAGAGUUCUGCACUCCAGAGAAUAAAGUUAAUGGCUGUGUGUCGCAAGUGUGGGUGGUAUGCAAGUUCGGCGAGAAUGGGUGUGUUUACUUCGAGGCUGAGUCGGAUUCUGCUCUUACGAAGGGCCUGGCAGCUCUGCUAGUUGAGGGGCUUUCGGGCGCGACCCCUGCGGAGGUUUUGAAGGUUUCUCCAGAUUUUGUGGAGAAGCUGGGGUUACAGCAGAGCCUCACUCCAUCCCGAAGCAACGGCUUCCUCAACAUGCUGAAACUGAUGCAGAAGAAAACGAUGCAAUUGUACAUGGAAUCUUCUGUUCCGAAAUCUGACAGCGCUGCGUCGUCUUCCGUAGCAGAUGCCGAGCCAAGCCAGGUAGAUUCUCCACCAUCCAGCAGUGAAGGAAAACCCAUGGACGGAAAAGUGACAACAGUGCGAGACUCUAUCGUAAGAAAACUUUCGGAGAGGUUGAAGCCCUUGCAAUUGGAGGUGGAGGAUGUGUCUCACCAACAUGCUGGCCAUGCUGGCGCGCCGAGAGGUUCCUCCGAGACGCAUUUUAAUGUGAAGGUGAUUUCGGGAGAGUUUCAAGGAUUGAGCCUCGUGAAGCGACAUCGUCUUAUUUACGGAUUGCUGCAGGAGGAGCUGCAAAACGGUUUGCAUGCUCUCUCCCUUAUCACUAAAACCCCAGCUGAGGUUUCCAACAGUCCUUAAGAACUUAUCGUUCUACCUCAAUUAUUUGCCACAUCACAGUCAUCUGGUCUCAUUUCAUUUUAGUCUCCAUUUUCUUCUAUUUUAUUUCCCGGUUAUUGUAUUUUAACGUCCUCCUGCCUUUGUAGCAGUGCGGACAAAUUAUAUGGCACCUCGAGACUGGGCCAGAUAAAAGUGAGAAUUUAGAGGCUGAAUGAGUAUUCUGUGUUUCUAGUCACGCCGUUAUUAUCCUGGUUCACAAAUGCUGAACCCUUCGAUGGAACGUACAACGCAUCAGUAUAGACAGUUCCUGUUCUUUGAGUGACUCUGUUCGAGAGAUGGAUUUUUAGUUGAGCUUAUCACGAUAGACGUUGCUUAUAAAGCUCACCACAACAAAUAAAUACAUAAAACAGAAUUCCUUUCUCAAGCCUCACACAA